AAAUAUAAUUACAAACGUUCCAAAGUGAAUAUAAUGAAACGGUAAUUCAAGCCAUCACAUUGCAUAGGUCAACAGUCAACACUCUGUUGGAAAGUUGAUUUUAUUAUUAUCUUGCAAUACUCCGCACGGUACCAUCACAUUCGAUUCUGAUGUUCCGCAAUUCACAAUGGGAAACGGUUGCAUUUAAAUUUUCUAAGUCUCAGAGUAUAAUGAAAAUUGAGCAAAAAUAAAAACAUUCGGAAAAUCGCCUUACCAUCUAGUACUGUACAACGAAACAAAAUUUUUUGUUCUUUUCUUUUGUUUUGGUUUUUCUUUACGCUGUUCCGAGAGCCAAAAAAAUUGGAAAAUUUUCAGAAACAGUCAAAACGAUGAGUUAGUUAGUUACUAACCGUUGAAUGAAAAGCUCUAAAAUAUCGCAGACAAAAAAUAUUUAUUCGUUAAAAUCGAAAACUUUAAUUUGGUUGUGGUGUGAAAAAGUGUUACGGUGAUUUUAAUAAUCAUUUUUCUUUCAAAAGAAAACAGAAAAUAUCUGAAAAUGUGUCGCUUGGCAUGUUGAUAUUUUGUUGGUAUUAAAUUAACUUUUUUUUUUAAAAGCGAAGGAGGAAUAAUUUUGUGUAUUUUUAAAAUUAUGUAAGAUAUGGUGACAAUGAACCAAUAAAGGAUUAAAAUAAAAUAAUUUAAAAAAAAAUCGAUCCUCGAAUCUCGUUGGAAGGGGAGAUCUUUUUCCCGAUUUAAUUCAAUCGAUUAAUUUUCUUAUUAAAUUUCAUCAAAAAUCACGAAAUAAUCAUGCCACGCAACAAGAAGAAUAAAGGAAAUUCUGGAUCGGCACCAGCGCCGAAUAAAGCCAAAUCACCAGCCGAGACGAAAGUGGUUGAAAGUGCUCCAGUUGCAGUUGCUGCACCCGUUGAAGCAGACACUUCGAACGACGAACUUAAAGCUCGUUUAGUAAACGCAAAAGAGCGUUUGCAUCUUCUACAAGAAGUUAUUGUUGGUAUUGGUGAUCCACGGUCCUCCGAAACAGGUAUUGAUGCAGCGAAAGAUAAACUGAGUUCUAUUCAGGACACUGUGGAUUCUGUAAAAGCAACAUUACUGGAAGUUAGACAAGAGACGGCCAGAUCCGUAACACCAGAAGGCUCGCAGAGCGGUACUAAUAAACGAAAGAAGAACAAAAAACAUCAGAACCAAAAUCCACCGCAAGGUUUUGUUGCACGACAACAGCCCGAAUCCGUAGACACCAAAGUUGAAACUAAGCCAAAAUCAGAUGCUUCCGAAAAUGAGGGCUCAGCCAAGGAACAAGAAGAUGGAACUUCUACUAUUUCUAAAAAGAAACGGAACAGAAACAGAAAGAAGAAAGGUCAACAAGAACAGAGUCCAGAUCCUGAAGCACUUCCUCAAGUGCCGAGUGUAGUUGAUGAACCUGUCGCUAUACCGAUUGAUGAACCGAAAACGGAGACCAAGGAAAACACCCCAGAAGGAAAUAAAUCGAAAAAUAACAAAAAGAAUAAUAAGAAGGGUCAGCAGGGAUCACCGAACGUUGAGAAAGUUGAGACUGGCACCACCGUUGUUGAAGAUGUUAAGCCAGCUGUUCUAGAAAAAGACCCAGUGGUAGAGGCCAGGUCGAACAAUCAAGCUCCCUCAAAUAAUAAAAACAAAAAUAAGAAUAAGAAGCCCGAAAGUGCCAGUAAUCCCACGGAAAAAUGUGACAAGAACACUGACGAUCAGAAAAAUAAAUCGAAAAUCGAAGAUGAUGCCAUAACGGAGAGUAAGGCUGAUAAGCCAGCUGGUGAAAUUUCUAAAGAAAAACCAACAUCGGGCAAAGGAAAACAAGAUUCACCGCCUCAGAAAGAAAAUCAAAAGAAAGCACAAGACGAGAAUGCUAAAGCAAAGGAUCAAACAAAACCGAAAAAUGACCAAAAGAAGGAGCAGAUAGCCGAAGAAAAACCAAUCGUAAGCAAUGAAAACGUCUCAAAGUCAGAUAGUUCUAAGGCACCUCCAGAGAAGAAUGUUAAGACCACAGCAGAACCACAAAAAUUAGACUCACCAAAAAGUAAAAAAGACAAAAAGAAAGGACAAGCCACGGAUAGCAAACAGUCUCCCUGCAAAGUGGAAGAACAGCAAACUGAAGCCGAAGUCGUUGAAGUGAAAAAUACAGCACCAAAAGACGAAGUUAAAAAUACUCAGCCGCUCGAAGUAAAAACUCCGCAAAUUGAAAAAGACAGCAAUCAAAUUCAAGCGGCAAAGCCAGAAGAGAAGGUUGAAAAGGCUCCCGCUCCAAUUGAAGAAAAGAAAGUUUCCGAUGCUACAAAUUCACAGUGUCAGAAAAACAAGAAAAACAAACAACAGGUCCCCACCAAAACUAGUGAAAAACCAAUAGAAUCCCCGAUUGUAGAACAGGUAACAGAAAAAAUAUCAACUGAGAUUCAAAAAGAAGAGGGAGAAACAGUUGUUGAAUCACCUAUCAAAGAGAAGUGUUCUGCAGAGGCGCUACCUUGUAUAGUUCAAGCAGAAGCUAAGGCAGUGUCAGUUGACAAGAAAAUAAUUUCACAGGUCAGUGAGGUUGCCAAGGCAACAUCUCCGGAGGAUUUAGCAGUCAAAAUCGAAACACCAGUUGCUCCAAGUGUUAUACCAACUCUUCCCAAAUUAGACUUUUCCCAAGUAGUCAAGGAUAACAAGGACAAGAUACCAUUAAUGGAAAUUAAAGUUUCACCAGUAAAAACGACUGAAACUACCGAUGAAACCAAGCCAACAGAACUUGCAACUAAACCUUUACCAGAGUUAUCUGUAACCGAUAAGCCGUUGGUUGAUUCUGUCAAAGCUAUAGAUGUUGCAAUCCUUCCAACGUCUACCGAACAAGUUUUACCUAAAAAACCAGCAGAAAGUAAGCCUAUUGAAACCACAUCUAAGCCUACUUCAGAGCCAGUUUCAGUGCCUAAACCUGUAGCAGACGAAUUUAUUAAGGAUACUUUGCCUACAGCAGAUGUUUCAGUGGCAGACACCGUUAAAUCUAAAAUAGAUGCACCAACACCAACAGGGAGCGACGCUGCAACGAGCGCUAAACAAAAUAAAGCUAAGACCCCGGAACGUAAGGGAAAUCAAGUAAAUGUAAAAAAUGAACAGAAGAAGCAACCACAAGUAAAAGGCCAAAGUCCGAAACAGAAACAAAAUGAUCAAAAGCAGCAGCCUAACAAAAAAGACGAUGUUAAACAAAGUGAAAUUGCUAAAGUCGAUCCAGAAUCAAUAGAAACUUCUGCAGUUCCUGAAAAGCCAGUUGCCGAAAAGGCAGCUCCUGAGAAGACAGUUCCCGACAAAGUAGUUCCUCAAAGUGUAGCUGCUGAAACAGUAGUUCCUGAGAAAAUAAAAAUAGAACCCGCUGCCGCUAUAUCUUUAACUGAAAAUAAACCGAAAGAAGAAGUUGCAGCAAAAAAUGUUCAAAAAGAGCAACCCAAACCUGAUGAACGUAAGUUAGAUACGAAACCAGCACCCAAGGUAGAUACUAAAGAAAAAGAAGGUUCACCGAAAAAAACAGAUGAGAAACAAUCCCAAAUUGUAAAACCCGAUAAUAAAGCACCCAUUUCACCCAUUUCACCUGAUACUAAAGCAAAGACACCCGAACAGGCUCAAGUAAAAGAAAACAAGCCAGAGGGUUCAACAUCGCAAACUGCUCCUCAAAAUCAACCACCACAAAAACAAGAACAAAAGACCGAACUGUCCAAAAAGGAUCAGAAAAAGCAGAACAAAAUGAAAGGGAAAGCUCCACAACCACCUGACAUACCGAUGGACAUGAGUCUACUAUCCGCAUCGAUGAUAGAUCCAACUGCUGCGGAUGAAUUAAUUUCACAUGAAGAAAGUGAAGAUCAAUCGUCUCUUAUUACGUCGGAUUCAAAAAACGUGGCAGGAAGCGAUUUUGUUCCGUCUGUUGAUAGUUCAUUGAAAGUAACUGCAGAUGCAACAAAGUCGCUGGAAUCAACUUUAACGGCACCGAAUAAUCAAAACAAAGUCACUGAAAUCGAAAGAGAGGCAAAGAGCAGCAGUCCAUCAAGUAGCAAGCGAAAUAAGGACACAGCGAAUCUGAAAGAAUCUGGUGAAAUGCAGGAGACAAAGACACAGGAAUUGCCAGAAAAAAGUGCCCAACAAAAACUGGAACCUGUCCAAUUUCCUCCCGUUAAAUUAAUGGAUAUUUUAGAAGCAAAAAUGACGAGUCCAUCUAUUAAGCCUGGAAAUGUUGCCGGUAACGUGAGAAAAUUGCCUCGGGACAAUAAACGAACAGACCAACUAAAUGUGCAGCAGCAAAAAUCUCGAUCCAAAUCCCCAAAGGAAAAUAUGGCAGAGAAAUAUGUUAAAAAUCAGAAGUUGGCCUCCGGAGAUAGUAAGAAGCAAGCCACUCAAAACUUGAAAAAUGAAAUCUUAAAAGCUGAUGUCGGAGCUGUAAUGAAACCGAUAAGCAAAGAAAAAGAGGUAACAGAACCAACAGUGAUUGAUGCCAAUUUAGAUGAUUCGAAGCUUACAUCUGGCACGACAUCAACAAAGAGUGCAGUGAUUGAAGCUGAACAGGUUGGCAAUUUGAAAGAGUCUGACGCGGUUGGUAAACAAAAAGCUGAACCGUUGCCAAAAGAUGCUUCAACAAGCGACUCAAAAUCGCAACAAUCAACCGAUGACGGUAAAACCGGCACUGCAGUAGGUGCUAAGAAUGAAUCUUCAAACAACAAACCGAAAAUUGCUCCAAAACCUGUUGUUGCUUCUAAAUCUCCGCCGAAAGUUACAGAUCGUUCGAAAAAGUCGCCAGUAAAGACUACAGAGAAUAAAACUCCAGGAAAAGACAGUCCAGGAAAAGAAACGACGAUGCCAUCGAAAACACCUGCUCAAUCGAAACCAAUCCCACAAUCGAAAUCAUCUGCCAAACCAUCACCACAAGUAAAAUCUCCGUCGAAACCCACAUCACCCCAGACAUCUACACCAAAAUCACCACCAUUGCAAAAUAACGAUCCUCAGUGUGCAAAAAAACCGGAAGUGCCACCGAAACCCAACGUAUCCAAGACAUGUCCGAACAAAACUUCACCUGCAGCAGCUGCUCCACCAGCAGUGACGACACCACCACCAAUACAAGACGAAGAAGAGGAGUUUGUUGAGUACAAAUUUUCUCCACGUCCAGUUUUCAUUGCUACAGCAUGUCAAAUAUGUAAGGUACCGCUAGAUAUACCGAAUCCUUGUAAACUCUGCCAAAUGGUCUCGUACUGCUGUGACGCGCACGAAAAAGAGGAUCAAUUAACUCAUGGACCGCUCUGCAGCGCCAUUCAAGAAAUUGCGAAGAAGAGAGGCGGUCACAUCUAUAACAACGCCAGGAUACUAAACGAUGACGACUAUCGAAGUCUUCGUGUCCAUACGUUAAACCUUUGCGAAAAUUUCGUAAAAAGACAUCUGAUGCCAUUCGAACGAGAGAUAUUGCUGUUUCCGAGGCUAUGUUGCACCGGCUCGUGUCGUGAAUGGAGACAACAAUCGCUGAUUGAAUGCCAGCAGUGCAGACAAGUAUCUUAUUGUGCAGCCCAUCCGGAACAUUUACCUCCGCAACAUGAACAGUGGUGCAAUUCGUUCAAUUUGUAUCAAAAGAUUGUUCUUCGUCAGAAAAAUUUCGGACGCAUAGAACCCAGUCUACCGUCGAAAAUCAUGCUGAAGCCGUUGGACCUUUCCGACAACAUCGAUAACGUCUUUAAAAUUUUGUACAAAAAUUACGGCGCAAUCAAGGAUGAAUGUAUUUAUGCAACCCUGACCCAAUUGGCAACAGCUCCCUUAACAGCUCUAUAUGCUGCACAGAAGAAUCAACAGGAAAUUGGAGAGGUGUACACAAUUCAUCUGGUCGGAGCCGAGUUGCAAUUCGAGGCGGACACUCUAGACAAAUGGGAAACAUUCUUCUUACAUUUGGUGCCAACAUUGGUCGAAUGCAGAGUGGUAUUCGUUGGACCGGAGUUGAAUGCCGAAAAUUUACCAUUGGAAAUACUCAGUCGAAUAAGAAUGUGCCGUACGUGUCGUCAGAAUUGCCGGAUUGUGAAAUUCGAUUUCCAAUGUGGAAUGUUGUAUCACGACUACGCGAACAGCUCUGCGUUCACGAAGCCGGAUUUAGUGUGCUUUUUCAAUCCCGGACUAUAUCGUACGACCGGAUUCAAUGGUCUCGACACAUGGCCACUCACCAUCAAAUCGGCAGCGUCAAUGAACUGUCCCAUUCUUGUCACAUCGUACACUGAAGUGGAAUCGCCGCGAGAUUUUGAUCGCAUCCAGAAGGAAUCCGAUCGUCCACUGACUGUGGUGCAACCGUCGCAUAUCAAUCCAUUUGCAUCGCAACGACCCGAACGGAAUUUCAUAUCGGACGAAGUGGCACCGAUGAUUUUUAAGAAUUUUUUCUGUUUUUGUGUUAAAUGAACCGCAUAA